AUGGCAUUUCUCAACAAAGCUCUCUUUGAAAUUACUGAUUUUCAAAAUAGUUUAUUUGUUAUUUUUGUGCAACUUUUAUUUAUUAUACUAUCAUUCCAAUUACUUGGUUCUAUGCGCAUUAUGCCGGUACCCGUUUUAACGCAAACUGAUGUUUACACAUUUCUGAUUCCAUCCAUUUUCUAUAGUUUAAGUACUAUUGCAUCGCUACAAGCACUUAUGAAACUUAAUGUUGCUAUUUAUGUUCUAAUUAAGCGUUGUACACCAGCAUUUACAUUUUUCUUACAAGCAAUUGUAUUAAAGGAAAAGAAGCUUGAUUUCAAAACUGGCAUAUGCGUAUUGGGUAUAACAUCUGGCGCUGUAAUAACAUCAAUUAGUGAUCUAACUUUUCAUUUCGAGUCUUAUUUCAUCGGAAGUCUCAGUGUUGUAUUUCAAUCACUCUAUCUUCUAACAAUGCAACGAUGUAGUGAACAUAAAUCAUCUAGUGACGUUCUCUAUAUUAAUAGUCUUAUUGCUUUACCGAUGGUAUUUGUCUUGAUGAUUCUAUUUACGAAUGAUCUAUCAAAUGUACAGUCAUAUAGUGGUUAUACAACAUUUUCAUUUUGGCUGUAUUUCUUAGCGUCAACAUUAGGUGGAGGCUUAUUGAAUGGUUCGACAUUUUGGUGUGUAAUGAAAAAUUCGGCGCUAACUACCAGUGUCGUUGGUGUACUUAAAAGUAUAUUGCAAAUAUUGUUUGGCUUAUUUGUCUUCGAUCGAUUCUCAAUAAAUAUCAAUACAAUCAUUGGAAUUCUAUUAUCGUUAUUUGCUGGUACCAUGUUUAGUUAUUACGAAUAUACAGCUAAACAAAAAAAAACAGUAACAAGUACGAAUCAUAUUGGUUAUGAAGAACGAAUUCGGGAAUCUACAAAUUUAUCUUUUCCUACACAAGAAAUGCCGAUAAAUUCAGAAAACUCAUUCGUCUUUGUCACAGAUGAAACCCGUCUAAGGCAAGCACCAACAUUUUAA